AUGGACCCGACCGGUUAUUCGACUCAUUCUGUGCGUAUUGGAGGGGCGACAGCAUUAUUAAAUGCUGGAGCGGAUCGUCUAGCUAUCAAGGUUAUGGGAAGAUGGCUAUCAAGCGCAUUUGAGGAAUAUCCCGUACUGACAGCCGAUGGAUCCUCAGGGUUAUCGAAACUCAUGUGCUAA